CGGCAGCCACCUCCUGCCUGUGCACAGCCAGCAGCCGGCCAUGCUGGGGACACCAGGGACACCGGGGACACCGGGGACAGCGGGGGCUGCUGGACCAGGGGUGGCAAGGCAGGGAUGGCCACCAGGAGCCACCAGGAGCCACCGGGGGACAGGGGGACAGCCAAGGGUCCAACAUUCGUGGAACCAACUCCCCGAGCAGAGAAUCAAACACAGAAAGAAACAACGAGCCUUGGCCAGUGAUUCAAUAAAUUUCAAGCUGGAUUGGGAAGGCCUGGCAGUGCUUGGGAGGCUGUGGAAAGCUGUUGUGGCUGGAGCAUCCUCAAAAAUCCGCCUGACCUGUGGGCAGCAGUGGGAACACGGAUCUGCCCCGGCAGAUUCUGCCCGUCCUUCCCUGGAUGUGCCGAUGGAGCUGCUCCCCCUCUCUGCUGCUCCAGCUCUCCCAGGUUCCCCUGGAGAAAGAAACCAACAUGAUCCACAAGCCAAGGAUUCCUGCCCAGGACACCUGAUGGAGCACUGUGGGUGAGGGAGGAUCCCACCAAAGCUCCUUUUGCACGGAGAGCCCCAAGCACCCAUCAGCUUCCCCAGAGGUGCAGCACGGCCUGAGGCAUCUCCAGCUCCAUCAGCAGCCCCGGUGUAUCCCUGAGGAAACAGAGGGGAUGGGCCAGUGAUCUCAGUUGUUCUCUUGGAGCCAUUAUUGUUGAACUGCCAGAGCCGGUUCCUCCUGCUGCCCUCAGCUGGAGUUUUGGCCGUGGUUCCGUGGGCAGAGCUGCAGAAAGUGCUGCUCACCUGUGCCGUGGGUUGUGUGUCCCCUCGGUUGCUGUGGCAGGGAUCCCCUCUGAAGGACGAGCCAUGCAGUAGGAGCCAGCACAUCCCACGGCAGAGCAGGACCCAGUGCUGCAGGAGGGACGGGACAUGUGGAGCCUCAGCUGCCUCCUCUGGGGACUCCUCCUCAUCCUCAGCACCACCAGCACGGAGGGCUUUGCCCAGGCAGGGCGCAGGGUGUGCUCAGCCAUGGGGACGCCGAGUGCCCACGCCGAGUCGCACGUGCAGCCCGUGUACCAGCCCUACCUCACCACCUGCCAGGGCCAGAGACUCUGCAGCACCUACAGGACCAUCUACAGGGUUGCCUACAGGCAGAGGUACAGGCAGCUGCCCCAGCCCAUGGCCUCGUGCUGUCCUGGAUGGAGCAGAGCCAACGGCCACACGCUGGGCUGUAACAGAGCUGUGUGCUGGGAGCCGUGCCAGAACGGAGGGAGCUGUGCCUUCCCUGGGAGAUGCUCCUGCCCCCCUGGCUGGACGGGGAGAGCCUGUCAGACAGACGUGGAUGAAUGUGCCAGCCAGAGCCACGGGUGCAGCCAGCUCUGCAUCAACACAGCCGGGAGCUUCCACUGCGCCUGCCAGGACGGCUUCAGCCUGGCUGCCGAUGCCAAGGGCUGCCAGCCCCUGGUGCCAGCCCCUGGGACAGACACCUCCAGCCAAGCAGGUGCCUCCAGUGAAAUGGAGGAAGAAAUGAAGGACCUGAGGAGCAGAGUGGAAGCGCUGGAGCAGAAGCUCCAGCUGGUGCUGGCCCCCUUCCACAACCUGAUGCCGCCAGAGGAUGUCGGUGCAGACCCCAUCAGCCGCCUGUCCCACUCCCUCCAGCAGCUGGACAGGAUUGACUCCCUGAGUGAGCAGAUCUCUUUCCUGGAGGAGAGGCUGGAGACCUGUAAGUGCCUGGAAAAUCAGUGGGGGAGGAUGUCCCUGCAGCCACGCUGGCCACGGGGAGCAGAUGUGGGCCAGCGAGAUCAGUAACACAUAUGCCACUGUUAAUCUGGAUCUGCCUCAAGCUCAGCAGCCUGUAAUUAAUAAAGGAUGAACACAAACAGCCCAUUAGCUUCAUUUCAAAGCUGCUUCUAUGGCUGCACCAUCUGACUGCCCUUGUAGCAGCCAAAAGUUGUAGGAUUGGCACAUGGAAACGUGGCUGUGGGGCAGGGCUGAGGGAGGCACUGGGCAGGCAGCCCCUCACAACUGCUGUCCCUUUCUGGUAACUCAGGCCUUAGGAAAUAUCCCCCAACUCUUGGGAAAUUAACAGCCCAAAAAGUCAAUCAGGGAAGUUUAGGGAGCGUGCAGAAGUUGGCAGAUUUAUGAGCCUGGGAAGUUUUAGGCAUUUCUUUUGGAAGUUUAAGGGCACCGGAGAGGGUCUCUGAAGUAGCAAAGUGAGGAAGGGACCCCAGUGAGAGCUGUCAUGUGUGAAAUGGCUGGAGGUGUCCCCACCACACAGAGGGACAGCAUCCCCUCGGGUCCCUGUGGUGCUCACCUGGACUCCAAGCAGAACACAACCAUCUGAACUCUUUUCUUUUGAUAGGCAGCUCUUUGCAGCUCAUUUUCCCAUUAAAUAAUUCCAGAAACUAGGCACCGCUGGGGUGUGCAACAGCAGCUUGCUGAGUCUUGGAAAGACUCAGGAGAAACUGGUUCAGGGCAUAUUCAGUGCCAGUUCAGUGCUUGCAGUAAUGGCUGAGAGAGAAAAAGAAUUCAAAGAACUUGUCUGAAGACAAAGUAGCUGCAAAUAGACACUUAAAAACCAUCUCAGAAAGGGGUAAUUACCAGAACCACUGAGUGUUCCAGCAGGCUGAGUUUUCUAGUAGUGCCCUGCACAUAUUAUUAGUGACAGCAC